AGUUCAGCCACAUGUUCACAUUAGUCACCGGAGAAGAUAUCUUAAUUUAAUCAAAUAAUUAGACACAAAUUGACUCCAAAAGCAGUAAUGGACCCAGUUGUUCUUCACGGAGAGGCCGAGGGAUACGUCAAAAGCCUGGAAAAACUGCCUUUGAAGGACGUCGGUUCUCCAAGGUGGUUCCGCCAGCACGAAUACAUUGAGAAACUGAACAUGCAAGCUAUUUUGAAUGCCUCCGCCACUCAAGAGGAAUUCGUCCAAGAACUUUUUGUUUCAUUCGGAAAGAUUUCAACGCUGGCGCACGAGAUGAUUCUCAUCGAGGUUUGGAAGCAGAACAUUUUCCCCAUUCUCUGUCAGCUACAGGACUUCAACCCCAAAAGCACAUUUCCUUUGUACAUGGUGAUUCACCAUGAAGCCACAGUCAUAAACCUCCUGGAGACAAUCAUGUUCCACCAGGACUCGUGUGAAUCGGCAGAGGAAGCCGUUCUAGACCUGGUGGAUUACUGCCACCGCAAGCUCACUCUUCUCGCCGGGAAAUGUGCUCGUGGAGACGUGACCCCUGGAGACCGCAUCACACAUACUCCUGAUGCAAACCAGUCCUCUAUACAGGAGUUGCAGAAUCAGAGUGAGAGGUUGGAAUUUGACAUCUCUCUCAAGGCUCUGUCUGUGUUACGCUAUAUCACCGGACAUGUUGAGAGCUUGAGUGUGAGCGUGCUCAACAGACUCCUACGUACACACAAUAUGCCAUGUGUGCUGGUGCAGCUGGUGGACUGUUGCCCCUGGAGCUGCUAUACUGCAGGGAAGGUGGAGAAGUAUAUGGAUGGGAGGUGGCAGGCGGUGGCACCUCAGGACCAGCUGAAGAUGACCCCGCAGGACGGGCAGCUGUGGAUCGCUCUGCUCAACCUCCUGCUCAAGCCUGAGUGCCAGGGCAAAUACGACUAUAACAACUUCAACAAGAACCAGGUGCUGAAGCUGCGAGGCUCUCUGAACGAGGUGCUGAUUGACCAGUUACCCAUCCUGGGGGACCUCCAGCGCUUUCUCAGCCAGCUGGCGCUCACUGACCCUGCACCCCCCAAAAAAGACCUGAUCCUCGAGCAGAUCCCAGAGAUGUGGAGCAGCAUUAUGGGUGCAAACUCAGGGAAGUGGAAAGCCAUCGCCAAGCAUCAGGUGAAGACGGCCUUCAACCCUUCAGACAGUGAUCUGAGAGAGCAGGCACAAAGGUUGUCCCAGACGUAUAACUUGGAUGUUCUUGAGAAUCUUAUUCCAGAGAAGCCCAAAUGUGGCUUGUGUGGCGCUGUGGCUGCCAAGCGCUGCUCCCGCUGUCAGGGGGAAUGGUACUGCAACAGAGAGUGUCAGGUGAAGCACUGGCCGAAGCACAAGCCUGCAUGCCAGCUGAUGACCGAGGCCACAGAGAAACUACAGAAGGAGCUCAGCAUCAAAGCCUAAAGAUGGGCUUUGUGGCGGCUUUAAGUGCAGGCCUCCCCAUCACAGGCAAAGCCAGAGAGACAUGGGACCAUCUAACUGUGAAACUACUGUAUGAAAGAACCCAGACCGCCUCAUGGACCUACAGGCAGUUUGAGUGUGGAGGAGCAGACUGAAGCUUGUCUGAUAGGAAUCGUAUGCAUUAAUCUGUAAGCUUGCAAUGCCAUGUGUUUCUGGACGCGACGCUGCUCAGUUCUGUCCUCAGGUCUGUCAGUAUGAUGUGAGGUUUUUACUUCAGACUGAUGGCAAGUGCAAACGACAACAGCAGCCUUCAGGAGAAAGGAGAAAGGGAGACCUGAUGACAGGCCACUAUCGGUCAUCUCAACCACAGCAGCUGUGGUGGGAGCCGUUAGGAAGUUGACACUUCUCUUUUGGAUAAGUGAACUCAGACGAUAGCCGUGGUGAUGGUUUUAGAACUGUUGGGACAACUAACUUCCUCAUCGCGCACUAUUUUCAGCUGGAUCUGUUUUCUGUGUGUAGCAUUAUACCACUGUGAAAUAAACAAAAACAUUUAAUUGGAAAAA